AUUUGUUUUUAGGCAGUUAAUACAAAUUCUGAUAACUUUAAUUCAAUCAAAUUGAAGUAUGAUGGAUUAGUGGAUGUAAAGAAUAGAAUCGAAAAAAAAUUAUCGGAAUUAAGUGAAAUACUUCGUCAGGUCAGCUUUUAUAACGAUUUACAAUUGGAAUGGUAAACGUGGUAGCUAACAAAAAAUAGACUGGAAUUGUAGAUAUUAAAAUUAUUUGUACCCAGUCAGAAUUACUUAUCUGCGAUUGUUAAUUUGACGCAUGUUGAAUAAAAGAUAGUCAUCAGCUACAUUUUUUACUGUUAAUUUUUACUUACCCAUUAUAACUGUUUCUAAAUAGAAUGGCAAUGUUGGUAUGGAUACCCCAUUAGUUGAUGAUGAAGGCUACCCACGCUCUGAUAUUGAUGUGGCUCUUAUACGAAUAACGCGAAACAAUAUCCAUUGUUUAAAUACAGAUCAUAAACAAAUAAUGCUUGAAUUGGAAAGUGUUUUACAUGAAAUACAUGAAUAUGCUCGUCAAAAUCCAUCUAAAAAUGUUUUAACUGAUGGAAAUGCUUGUUCCAGUGAGAAUAAACUAAGUGAAGAUCAAUCCGCACAGAUUGUGAAGAAACCUUUCCUUAAAAUUGAUCAGAUAUCACCUAAUUCGAUAGCGGAACAAGCAGAUUUAAAAGUUGGAGAUCGAAUAGUUCAAUUUGGUUCAGUAUCUGCUGACAAUUUCAAUUCAUUACAAGAUAUAUCUACUGUCUUCAGAAAUACAUCUCCCGGUAGCUGUAUUCACAUGUCCAUUGUUCGCGGCGACAGUAUGAUAAAUGUGCUUUCUAUUUCGUUGUUGAAACCAGCUGAAAAUGCCAGUAUAGGGAUGCACGUUGUUCCUAUUUAUAGUAAAAAUGAUUCGAUGUAAACUUUCUGUUAUGUGUAUUCGUUGUUGAUGAACAAAGAUUCUUUUUGAUAUAUAUAUUCAUUUAACUUGCU